AUGGCCGAGCAGAACUCUGUCCCCACCACCACCACUUGUGCCGAUGAGCCCAAGGAGCCCAACGUCCAGCCUGCCCCGCAGGAUGCUGAGAACGCUGGUCGGACCGACGGCGAGACGAUCCCCACUGCCACCGACGUCAGUGACGCCACGGCGAUCAAGGCGGUCCCAGGUAACAGCCACGGCAUCAACCCGAACAACUGGCUCCCCUUCAAGGCCCUUGAUCAGAUCACCGCCGACCUCUUGGACAGGUUCUCCAAGAGCAAGGACUUCAAGAAGUCCAGCGCCGAGGAAACCGGCAACAGUGGCGUGAUGGACCUGGACUCGGCAACCUCGGACACUUCGUUCAAGUCCCACCAGAUCGACGACCCUGUGGAGCGCCUUAUGGUCCUCGGCCAGAUCGCGUCCAUCCAGCUCCUCAUGCACGCCAAUACCAUGGCCCACCGUGUGGCAAACCCCGGUGCUGAGCCGCCCUACGAGGCCCCCGAGUUGGUGACCGUUUUCCUGUCCGCCGCCAAGGAGGCUCUGGGCAUCUGCGACGAGGAGUAG